AUGGCACCAAAGGCAGACAAGGAAAGCGGAAAGAAUGCAGCCGGCGUUUCUUCUAAAGAGUCAGUGCCUCAGAAGUUGGUCAGUAAGGACGAUACUGGCGACGAGUUGGCGCUGCUGGCGGAUACAGGAGCUGAAGUGGCGUCUGGAGCGCUUAGACAAGCACGAGCAGGCUCGCCGCGAUCUGGUGCCUUGCUCACACGUUUCUCAGAUUUUAAUCUCAGGGAAGAGGUCUUGCAGGCCAUCAUAAGCAACGGAUUCGAGAGCCCUUCAGAUGUACAAUCAAUGGCAAUACCCCCUGCUUUGGAGCACAAAGAUGUGAUAUGUCAAGCAAAGAGUGGUAAGGGCAAGACAGCCGUUUUUGUACUAUCCCUGCUACACAUGAUAGAUCCUCAAGCGGCCCCGCACAAAGUCCAGGCCCUCGUUCUAUGCAACACACAUGAGCUUGCAAUGCAGAUAUACAAAGAGUUCACUCGCUUUGCAAUCAACCUCCCAGAUAUUAAAGAUAAAAUACUUUGUGCUAUUGGAGGUGUUACGGUGAGCCUACACGUCAGGGCUCUAAAGUCUAAGGAUGUCUCCAUAGCGGUUGGAACCAUUGGCCGCGUGAGCGACUUAGUGGAGAGAGGAGCAUUAGACCUCAGCUUCAUUAAAUAUCUGGUGUUAGAUGAGUUCGAUGCGCUGUUCAAAGAAGAAGAUAACUUCAAGAAGAUUGCCGGAUUGAUCUCUAAAAUGCCCGCCACACACCAAACAUUGCUCUUCACUGCUACCUUCACCGAGCACUCUGAGAAAUUCGCCCGCUCCAUCCUCAGGGAUGGGUACGUGGCAAUCCUGGUUGACGAUAAGCAGUUAGUUCUUACAGGGUUGAUGCAGUACUACUUCAACGCCCCUGAGGAGAAGAAGCUUCAUAUUCUUCUUGAUUGUCUAAGGCUCUUGCCGUUUUCGCAAGCAGUUAUCUUUGCAAGGGACAUCUCGCGUGUCACAGCUCUAAAUGAGUUCCUCAAGGAAGAAGGCCACGAGUGUGUGUGCUUCUUCGGAAAAAUGCACCACAAGAAGCGAGAGGAGGUCUUCCAGGGGUUCAAAGAUAAGAAGGCGCGGAUCCUUGUCUCGACCGACAUCUUCCAGCGUGGUGUUGACUUCGCCAAUGUGAACCUGGUCAUCCACUAUGAUAUGCCGGACUCAUCCGACGCAUAUCUUCACAGAUCAGGGAGAGCCGGGCGUUUUGAAACCGCGGGGAUGGUCUUGUUGUUUGUCGGGACUGCCGAAGAGUCGGAAAUGUUGUCACAGAUUCAAGGCCGUUUCGCCACCUCCAUCCCUCAGGUGAAGUCCCCAGAGGAAAUUGAUGUCAAGGCGGCCUUCACUGGGAAGUAA